UGGUUUGCCAUGGGAGUACCUUUUUUUGCGAGCUAUCUUUACGGGUUUUUAACAGCAGAUAAUGUAUCGGAUUCUGUGGAUAAUCUUAACUAUUUUUAUACUUCAUUUAUAUUGAUAUUUGCAUCAUUUGCGAUAACGGCUAAACAGUACUUUGGUUCACCCAUACAAUGCUGGACUCCUGUUGAAUUUAGAGGUGGCUGGGAUCAAUAUGCCGAGGAUUACUGUUUCAUCCAGAAUUCCUAUUAUGUACCGUUUGAUGAACAAAUACCUGAAGAUCCGAAUGCAAGAAGGGAUCAAAUCAGUUACUACAGAGUAAGCGUUCUUUUCAAAAAAAUUUGGAAAUUGGAUACUAGGUGGACAUUCAAUAUUUAG